AUGGAAGAUGAUCUGUCAAGCUCAGAGGAUUUCAGUGAAGGAUCCAUUUCCACCGACUUGUCAGAAGAGCGCAUACCUGGUGAAGAUAUAAACUUUGUCAUUGACGAUCUUCGUCUCCGUUUACAAAACCCACCCGAUUGGUUUGGAACACAUGAUCUUACAGGUGAAUUGAUUAGGGAGUUUAGACGGGCUGGGCUAUUCGACGAUGAAAUCGAGGCAUUAGAAAUUAAAUUCUAUCAGACUGAGCGGUUCAAGUUGAGGGUUAGGCGAUUGAAUAUGUUGGACACUAUAUUGGGCUAUGUUUUAGUCAUUGCAUUUGUCCUUUUCUUCGAAUUACAUAAAGGUUCAAGUAGAUAUUUAUACAUUUCAAAUAAAUUUUAA